AUGUGUUCACUAAUCUAUCUAUCUAUCUAUCUAUCUAUCUAUCUAUCUAUCUAUCUAUCUAUCUAUCUAUCCUCAUACACGUUUACAUUUCUUUCUUUCUUUCUUUUAUGUUUUUGUUUGUUUGUUUCUUUCUUUCUUUCUAUUUCAACUUCUUUACAUGCUUCUUUCUUUCUUUCUUUCUUUCUUUCUUUCUUUCUUUUGUUUGUUUCUUUUACGUUUUUCUUUCUUUUAUUAUAUUUUUAUUUAUAUAUUUCGUUCUUUCUGUUAUGUUUCUCUUUCAUUCUUUUAUAUUUUUCUUUCUUUUUUCUUUCUUUCUUUCUGCUAUAUUUCUCCUUCAACCUAUUAUAUUAUUCUUUCUUUCUUUCUUUCUUUCUUUCUUUCUUUCUUUCUUUCUUUCUUUCUUUCCGUCUUUCUUUCUUUCUUUCUUUCUGCUAUAUUUCUCCUUCAACCUAUUAUAUUAUUCUUUCUUUCUUUCUUUCUUUCUUUCUUUCUUUCUUUCUUUCUUUCUUUCUUUCUUUCCGUCUUUCUUUCUUUCUUUCUUUCUUUCUAUUUUCUCCUUUCAACCUAUUAUAUUAUUCUUUCUUUCUUUCUUUCUAUCUUUCUUUCUUUCUUUUUUCUUUCUUUCCGUCUUUCUUUCUUUCUUUCUUUCUGCUAUAUUUUUCUCCUUCAACCUAUUAUAUUAUUCUUUCUUUCUUUCUUUCUUUCUUUCUUUCUUUCUUUCUUUCCGUCUUUCUUUCUUUCUUUCUUUCUGCUAUAUUUCUCCUUCAACCUAUUAUAUUAUUCAUUCUUUCUUUCUUUCUUUCCGUCUUUCUUUCUUUCUUUCUUCUUCAACCUAUUAUAUUAUUCUUUCUUUCUUUCUUUCUUUCUUUCUUUCUUUUUUGUUUGUUUCUUUUACGUUUUUUUUCUUUUUUAUUAUAUUUUUUUCUUUCUUAUUUAUAUAUUUCGUUCUUUCUGUUAUAUUUUCUCCUUCAUUUCUUUUUUAUUUUUUUCUUUCUUUUUUUUCUUUCUUUCUUUCUUUCUAUAUUUCUCCUUCAACCCUAUUAUAUUAUUUUCUUUCCUUUCUUUUCUUUCUUUCUUUCUUUCUUUCUUUUCUUUCUUUCUUUCCGUCUUUCUUUCUUUCUUUCUUUUUUUCUUUAUUUCUCCUUCAACCUAUUAUAUUAUUCUUUCUUUUUUCUUUCUUUUCUUUCUUUCUUUCUUUCUUUUUUCUUUCUUUUCUUUCCGUCUUUCUUUUUUCUUUCUUUCUGCUAUAUUUCUCCUUCAACCUAUUAUAUUCUUUCUUUCUUUCUUUCUUUCUUUUCUUUCUUUCUUUUUCUUUCUUUUUCCGUCUUUCUUUCUUUUCUUUCUUUUCUUUCUAUUUUUCUCCUUCAACCUAUUAUAUUAUUCUUUCUUUCUUUCUUUCUUUCUCUUUCUUUCUUUCUUUCUUUCUUUCUUUCUUUCUUUCUUUCUUUCUUUCUUUCUGCUAUAUUUCUCCUUCAACCUAUUAUAUUAUUCUUUCUUUCUUUCUUUCUUUCUUUCUUUCUUUCUUUCUUUCUUUCUUUCCGUCUUUCUUUCUUUCUUUCUUUCUGCUAUAUUUCUCCUUCAACCUAUUAUAUUAUUCUUUCUUUCUUUCUUUCUUUCUUUCUUUCUUUCUUUCUUUCUUUCUUUCUUUCUUUCCGUCUUUCUUUCUUUCUUUCUUUCUGCUAUAUUUCUCCUUCAACCUAUUAUAUUAUUCUUUCUUUCUUUCUUUCUUCUUUCUUUCUUUCUUUCUUUCUUUCCGUCUUUCUUUCUUUCUUUCUUUCUGCUAUAUUUCUCCUUCAACCUAUUAUAUUAUUCUUUCUUUCUUUCUUUCUUUCUUUCUUUCUUUCUUUCUUUCUUUCUUUCCGUCUUUCUUUCUUUCUUUCUUUCUGCUAUAUUUCUCCUUCAACCUAUUAUAUUAUUCUUUCUUUCUUUCUUUUUCUUUCUUUCUUUUCUUUCUUUCUUUUCUUUCCGUCUUUCUUUCUUUUCUUUUCUUUCUGCUAUAUUUCUCCUUCAACCUAUUAUAUUAUUCUUUCUUUCUUUCUUUCUUUCUUUCUUUCCGUCUUUCUUUCUUUCUUUCUUUCUUUCCGUCUUUCUUUCUUUCUUUCUUUCUUUUCUUUCUUUCUCCUUCAACCUAUUAUAUUAUUCUUUCUUUUUUUUCUUUUCUUUCUUUCUUUCUUUCUUUCUUUUCCACCUAAUUUAAAAUUCUUUCUUUCUUUCUUUCUUUCUGCUUUAUUUCUCCUUCAACCUAUUAUAUUUAUUCUUUCUUUCUUUCUUUCUUUCUUUCUUUUUCUUUCUUUUCUUUCUUUCUUUCUUUUUUUCUUUCUUUAUUUCUCCUUCAACCUAUUAUAUUAUUCUUUCUUUCUUUCUUUCUUUCUUUCUUUCUUUCUUUCUUUUUUCUUUCUUUCUUUGCUUUCUUUCUUAUAUUUCUCCUUCAACCUAUUAUAUUAUUUCUUUCUUUCUUUUUUCUUUCUUUCUUUUCUUUCUUUUUUUUCUUUUUUCUUUCUUUCUUUCUUUUUUAUUCCUUCUUUGCUUUCUUUCUUUCUUUCUUUCUUUCUUUCUGCUAUAUUUCUCCUUCUUUCAACCUUCAACCUAUUAUAUUAUUCUUUUUUCUUUCUUUCUUUUCUUUCUUUUCUUUUAUUUUCUUUCUUUCUUUCUUUCUUUCCGUCUUUCUUUUCUUUCUUUCUUUCUUUCUGCUAUAUUUCUCCUUCAACCUAUUAUAUUCUUUUUCUUUCUUUCUUUCUUUCUUUUUUUCUUUCUUUUUUUUCUUUCUUUCUUUUCUUUCCGUUCUUUCUUUUUCUUUCUUUCUUUCUUUCUGCUUUCUUUCUCCUUCAACCUAUUAUAUUAUUCUUUUUUUCUUUUCUUUCUAUCUUUCUUUUCUUUCUUUCUUUCUUUUCUUCUUUUCUUUUCUUUCUUUCUUUUUUCUUUCUAUAUUUCUCCUUCAACCUAUUAUUAUAUUAUUUCUUUCUUUCUUUUCUUUCUUUCUUUUUUCUUUUCUUUCUUUCUUUCUUUCUUUUCUUUCUUUCUUUUCUUUCUUUCUGCUAUAUUUCUCCUUCAACCUAUUAUUAUUAUUUCUUUUCUUUCUUUCUUUCUUUCUUUCUUUCUUUCUUUCUUUCUUUCUUUCCGUCUUUCUUUCUUUCUUUCUUUCUGCUAUAUUUCUCCUUCAACCUAUUAUAUUAUUCUUUCUUUCUUUCUUUCUUUCUUUCUUUCUUUCUUUCUUUCUUUCUUUCUUUCUUUCUUUCUGCUAUAUUUCUCCUUCAACCUAUUAUAUUAUUCUUUCUUUCUUUCUUUCUUUCUUUUUUUUCUUUUUCUUUUUUUUCUUUCUUUCCCCUUUCUAUUUCUUUCCUUUUCAACAACAUUUGUCUAUUAUAUUACUUUUUUUUCUUUUCUUUCUUUUCUUUCUUUCUUUUUCUUUCUUUCUUUUCUUUCUUUCUUUCGUCUUUCUUUCUUUUUUCUUUCUUUCUGCUAUUUUUCUCCUUCAACCUAUUAUAUUAUUCUUUCUUUCUUUCUUUUCUUUCUUUCUUUCUUUCUUUCUUUCUUUCUUUCUUUCUUUUUUUCGUUCUUUCUUUUCUUUCUUUUCUUUCUUUUUCUAUAUUUCUCUUUUUUCAACCUAUUAUAUUUUCUUUCUUUUUUCUUUCUUUCUUUUUUUCUUUCUUUCUUUCUUUCUUUUUUUUUCCGUCUUUCUUUUCUUUCUUUCUUUUCUUUCUUUCUGCUUUUUUAUUUCUCCUUCAACCCUAUUAUAUUAUUCUUUUCUUUCUUUCUUUCUUUCUUUUCUUUCUUUUCUUUCUUUCUUUCUUUCUUUUCUUUUUUUUAUUUUCUCCUUCAACCUAUUAUAUUAUUCUUUCUUUCUUUUUUCUUUUCUUUCUUUUUUCUUUCUUUCUUUCUUUCUUUCUUUCUUUCUUUCUUUCUUUCUUUCUUUUUUUUCUUUUUAACUCCUUUCUGCUAUAUUUCUCCUUCAACCUUUUAUAUUAUUCUUUCUUUCUUUCUUUCUUUCUUUCUUUCUUUCUUUCUUUUCUUUUUUUAAUCUUUCUUUCUUUUCUUUUUUUAUAUUUCUUUUCUUUUUUCACUUUUUUUUCUUCAACCUAUUAUUUUAUUCUUUCUUUCUUUUUUCUUUCUUUCUUUCUUUCUUUCUUUCUUUCUUUUCUUUCUUUUUCUUUCUUUCUUCUUUCUUUCUCCUUUUCAACCUAUUAUAUUUUCAUUUCUUUCUUUCUUUUCUUUCUUUUCUUUCUUUCUUUCUUUCUUUCUUUCUUUUCUUUCUUUCUUUUGUCUUUUUAUUUAUUUCUUUUUUCUUUUUCUUCUGUUUAUUCUGUUGUUCUAUUUUUAAUUUUUAUUUCUUUUUCACAUUUUUUUUUUUUUCUUUUCUUUUUAUAUUUUCUUUCUUUUCUUUUAUUUCUUUUUCUUUCUUUUCUUUCAUUCUUUCUUUUCCUUCUUUCUUUCUUUUCAUAUGUCUUUCUUUCUUUCUUUCUUUCUUUCUUUCUUAGUUUUCACCAUUUUCUUUCCUUUACAAUUCAAUUUAAUCUUUCUUUCUAUUUCUACUUUUUAAUUAUUUAUUUCUUUUUCACACAUUUUCUUCCAUUUGCCAUUCUUUUUCAAGUUUUCCUUUCUUUCUUUUUUCUUUCUUUCUUUCUUUCUUUCUUUCCUUCCUUCCUUCCUUCUUUCUUUCUUUCAUUCUUUCUUUUAACAAUGAUUUUCAUCGUCUAUUUCAUCAUUCUUUCUUUCUUUCUUUCUUUCUUUCUUUCUUUCUUUCUUAGUUUUGUCUAUUUUAUUUACUUUAACAUUGUAUUUCAUCCUUCUUUCUUUUACCAAUCAUUUUCAUCAUCUUUCUUUCUUUCUUUCUUUCUUUCUUUCUUUCUUAGUUUUCACCAUUUUCUUUCCUUUACAAUUCAAUUUAAUCUUUCUUUCUAUUUCUACUUUUUAAUUAUUUAUUUCUUUUUCACACAUUUUCUUCCAUUUGCCAUUCUUUUUCAAGUUUUCCUUUCUUUCUUUCUUUUUUUUUUUUUUUUCUUUCUUUCUUUCUUUUAUCCACUUUCUUUCCCGACGUUUUUAAUUUCUGAUUUUCAUUCUAUUCCUUUUUCUAUCUAUCUAUCUCAGUCAUUUCCUUAUCUAUCUAUCUAUCUAUCUAUCUAUCUAUCUAUCUAUUCAUUAUCUAUCUCAUCUAUCUAUUCAUCUAUCUAUCUAUUCAUUAUCUAUCUAUCUCAUUCAUCUGUUCAUAUCUAUCUAUCUAUCUCUGAUUCUAUUCAUCUGAUUCUGUUCAUAUCUAUCUAUCUAUCUAUCUAUCUAUCUGAUUCUGUUCAUAUCUAUCUAUCUAUCUAUCUAUCUAUGUGCUUGUUUAAGAUUAUCUUUCUUUCUUUCUUGAUUCCUUUCUUACAUUUUCUUUCCUUUAUCAUUGUAUUUCAUCUUUCUUCCUUUCUUUUACCCAUGAUUUUUAUCGUCUUUUCUUCAUUCUUUCUUUCUUUCUUUCUUUCUUUCUUUCUUUCUUUCAUGCUUUCUUCCUUAGUUUCGUCCAUUUUCUUUCCAUUACCAUUCUAUUUCAUCUUUCUUUCAUUUUUUCUUUCUUUUACCAAUGUUUUUUAUCGUCUUUCCUUCUGUCUUUCUUUCUUUCUUUCUUUCUUUCUUUCUUUCUUAUUUUGUCCAUUUUCUUUCCUUUACCAUUCUAUUUCAUCUUUCUUUCUUUCUUUUACCAAUGACUUUUAUCGUCUUUCUUUCAUUUUCUUUCUUUUUUGUCCAUUUUCUUUCCUUUUUAAUUUUAUUUCAUCUUUCUUUCUUUCUUUUACCAAUGACUUUUAUCGUCUUUCUUUCUUUCUUUCUUUCUUUCUUUCUUUCUUUCUUUCUUUCUUAGUUUUGUCCAUUUUCUUUCCUUUAACAUUCAUCAUUCUUUCUUUUACCAAUCAUUUUCAUAGUCUUUCAGGUUGA